AUGGUCGGCGUAAGUCCCGGCUCUUGUUCCAACCCCAUACACCCAACUCUUUGAACGGCUCUGACGCGAACUCACUCCCCCUUGUACCGCCCCUUUGCCCCUUUGCCCCUUGUCCCCCUCCCCCCCUCCCUCCCGUAGACGCAUCUGCUUCCUCCCAACUUGCUCCGGCUCUUUGCGCCGCGAGCCCCGCUGCCCUUCCUCACACCAACAGGGCGUGACCCGGACGUACCGCUCAAGUCACUCGCACGCAAACCGCCAGCGCUGGGCGUGAGCGAGACAUGGCUCGCCGUGCGCUCCGACAAGGAGAAGAAGGAGCAGCAGGCGUUCGAGGCAGGCGAGCGCCCCGACGACGACGACGGUCCCACCACCAAUAAACCGACCUCGCUCGAUCAGAAACCUAAGCUCGAAAGCAAGGACCCCAAACUGGACCCCCAACUGGAGCCGGAUUCGGCUUCGACCGCCGCACAGGAACAGGGCGAGAUCGCCGAACAAGAGGGCAAGAUGCCACCGCCGCCCUCGACCGUCAUCAAGAAGCGCAAGCGUGACGAGCUCGUCAUCCCCCCUGGAUUGAGUGCGACAGAACGAGCCAAGCUCAAGGAACAGGCCAAGAAGGCGCGCCAUGAAAAGAACCUCGCCGAGGGGAUCGAGAACUGUCAGUUGGGCCCAAGCUCACCAACGCCCUCGCUUCCUCGGCUGACAUGCCGCUCCUCUCACCUUGCGUACAGACCGCCCGCAAGAUGACCCAGAAGCCGUCGGCGAUCCUUACAAGACCCUCUUCGUCGGAAGGAUACCCUACGAGAUUACCGAGCAGGACCUUCGACGCGAGUUCGAUCUCUACGGCCCGCUCGAGCGCGUCCACCUCGUGCGCAACAAAGACGGCAAGAGUCGUGGCUAUGCGUUCCUCGUGUACGAGAGGGAGAGGGACAUGAAAGGUAGGUCAUCCUACUUGAUUCCAUGUUGAAUCUCUCACUCAGGCCGGAUCCGCGAGCUGACGAGCUUUCUCUGCAUCACAGCCGCCUACAAGGACGCGGAUGGACUCAAGCUGCUCGGGAAGCGACUCUUGAUCGACGUCGAGCGAGGGCGCACCGUCAAGGGCUGGAGACCACGCCGAUUGGGUGGAGGACUCGGAGGAAGACCCAAGAAGGUCGUCCCCGUACCUGUGGACCCGUAUGCUCAGUCAGGGCCUCCGGGUGGGUUCGCCCCUCGAGGUGGCUUUGGUGGGCGGGGUGGCUUUGGAGGAGGAAGGGGUGGGUUCGUUCAACGUGGUGGAUUCGGUGGAGGAGGCGGAAGAGGGGGAUUCCAAGGUGGUGAGUUUGCAAGCAGAUGCUCGAGACCGACAACCGCAUCUGACCUGCUCCCAUCUCUGAUCUAUUUCUCCACAGGCGGAGGUGGCUUCCGAGGCGGUUUUCAAGGCGGGCAACGGGGUGGUUUCCAAGGCGGUGACAGUGGAGGAAGAGGUGGCUUCCAAGGUGGAGGAGGCAGGGGUGGCUAUCAAGGGCAGAACGGCCCUGACUCGGGGUACGGCAACCGAGGUGGCUUUGGCGGUGGAGGAGGAGAAAAGAGGCCCUUCGACUCGGGUCCCGGUCGGGGUGGGUUUAGUUCUGGUGGAGGUGGAGGGUAUGAUAAUUCGCGACCAAGGUACUGA